GCAUGCCAUCCUGUAACUUGGCCGAGCCGGCCAACUUUGCUGGGGGACGGCGUAUAAAGAUGCGCGCGACGCGUCGGAACACCCCAGCUCGCAGCCUUUCUUUCAUUCUUUCAGAGCUCCCAGGUACAGGUGCCGGUCGCCUUACUUGUACUUCUUUUUUGCACUCUCUCGUUACGAUUUUACGACUUUUCUAACUCUCCUCUUCUACUCAACCGUUCUACUUUACGCCGUUUUUUCACGAUGCGUUCCUACUCCGCCAUCCCUGUCGCGCUUGUCGCUGCUGCGUCCGUCGCGCCUGCCUUCGCUGCCCCGAUUUUCAGGACCACUGACAUCGAGGUUCGCGAUGACUCGUUCCUUCCCGCUCGGGAGGUGACUGAGUUCGACGCGCGUGCUGUUGAUGAUGACUUAGAGCUUGCUGCUCGUGAUCUCGACGAGGAGCUCUUGCUCGUUUCUUUGACGAGGAACUUGAGGCCCGUGAGCCCCACCACCACUACGAGGAGGAGGACGACACCGAGGAGCACCACCACGGGCACCACCUUCACCACGGGCACCAUGAUAGUGAGGAGUACGGCCACCACCACGGCCACCAUCCCCACCACCACCACCACCACCAUGGUGAGUUCUUCCAUGACGGUGACCACUACGACCAGCGCAUCGGGCACUACCACGGUCACCACCACCACGGCCCCCACCACCACCACCAUGGUCACUACCACCACGCGGAGGACUUCGAUGAUGAGGAGUUUGGUCACCGCCACCACCACGGCCACCACCACCACCACCCCCACAAUGGCGAGCACUACCACCACGACUUCGCCCGUGCGGCUGGUGAUGCGCCGGUGGCCGAGCAGCCUGCGACGGCGGCUCAGCCUGCCGCUGCCGCCCACCCUGCGUCUGGCGCUCACCCCGCGACCCACAAGGCUGGCGCUGCUCACUCUGGUGCAUCCGAGCACCCUACUUCACACGAGUCGUCGCACGCCGCGCACUCUGGUGUGCACAGCCAGGAGCGCCUCGGCGCACACACCGGCGCGCACGGGGAACACGGCGGCAAGGCGGGUACGCACGCGCACGUCCAGGGCGCUCACGUUGGUGCCCAUGAGCACUCCACGUCCCACUCCGGCACCGGGCACCGCUCUGGCGCUCACCGCACCUCCCACAACGCUGUUCCCGGCCAGCAUGAGGCUUCGGAGCACGGGCACGGCCGGCACCAGCACGGUGAGGCGCACCGGGACGUCGGCGCGCACACUGGCACGCAUACUCACGAGCGCGGCGCACACACCGGCACGCACUCUCACGAGCGCACCGGCGCGCACGCCAAGGCACACCCUGGUGCCCAGCGCGCAGGUUCCCAGAGCGAGGAGCACCCUCUCGGUGCUGCGCACCGCACCGAGCACAGUGCUGCCCACCCUGGCGCGCAGCACGGUGCCGCCAACGCUGGUACCGAGCACAGCGCUAGCUCUGUCCGCACCGGCGCGACGCCUGCGGUGUCGGGUACCGCGGACCACAAGACGCGUGCGUUCGAGGUGCUCGCUCGUGCGAUCUUCGGUGACUACGACGAGCUCGACUAAACGGGGGUUUGAGAACGCUGAACGGCAUGAUAUGUUCUGUAGUAGAUGGAUAGUUCAUCUGUAUUGUUACGACGAGAAUGCGAAUAGCUCUGGGCUGCGAGUCUCGCUAAUACCCCUGUGUGAUUGCGUGAGAUCUGGCUCGCAUGUGUCUCUAGCUCAAUUGUCUUGGCGAUUGUGGGUGUAUGGUGGGUCGGUCUCAUGACUGUGUUCGUCGGAAGA